AGCGUGCCCUCUCCGCUGCCGCCAUCCGUUGAGGAAGCCUACCGACGCAAGUGUCUCCAGCUGAAGAAUCGCACAAACGAGGUCGAGGAUGCCAACGAUGCGGCCAGACUACGACUCGCUCGCAUAAAGCGCCAGGUCGAGAAGCUGAGGAUAGAACGGGCGUUUCUGCUGGAACAAUUGGCCAAGCGCACCAGCACCAACGUCGAAGAUUCCGAGGGCAGCCCCAGCCCGCCUCCCACGGCAACCACAUUCGAUAUCCCAGUUGAGGCGAAUGCUAACCCCCGAAAGCCCAAGGAUAAGCCGCUGCGCAUUAAGAAAGGCCACCGAAAAUCCAACGCACCAGCAGAUGCCGACGCGAAGCAGGGAGCUACAAAAGAGCCCGCGUCCCCGACUUCCGAGUCCAAUAGCCAGGCCAAGGGUUCUCGUGCCAAUGGCGUGUCCAAGGCCUCUGUGGAAUACAAAGAUCCUUUUGAGCUCUACUGCGAAGAAGCUCGGCCCGCACUCGAGGCCAAGAACAAGGAUGACGCCGAUGUGAAUAUCGAAGAGGAGCUUACUCGUGCCUGGGAGGAAUUGCCAGAGGCCGAAAAGGAGGAAUAUCAAACCAAAUUCGACGAACUGAAGAAGUCUCGGGAGGAGGAGGAGGAGGACAAGGCCGCUGCUGAAGCGGAAGCGGAAGCGGAAGCCGAAGCCGAAGCAGAGGCGGAGGCUGAAGCAGAGGCAGAAGCUGAAGCAGAGGCAGAGGCAGAG